AUGAAUAAUAAUACUGAUACAUCGUUGUAUACAAAACAAGGAAGAAUUAUUAGAGCAAGAGAGGAUAUUGAUGAAGGAGAAAUUCUGGUGAUUGAAAAGGCCUAUGCAAGUGUAUUGCAUCAGUCAAAUAUUAAUUUUAAUUCUCAUAGUUUUUGUGUAGUUUGUCAAAAGAAGAAAAUUAUGAAAAAUAUUGCUAAUGCUGAUUUAAUCAAUUCCUCAUCGGCAUGUUGUGAUAAAUCAACAAGUAAUUGCAACAAUGAAUGGAUGUUGUGUGGAGAUGAAGGUUGUGAAUUUUUGAGGAAUACAGUGUACAAGGAGAAUGAAUUAAUGGAUGGACAAUCAAUGUAUGAUUACUUGUUGAGGAUGGCUGAGGAGUGUGGAAUUGAAUUUUCACUCCUCUUGUUAGUUUACAGAAUUUGUAGGAAAUUUGAGUUUGAUUUUAAUUCGAGUAAUGAGCUUGCUUCUAAGUAUUUUGAUAGAAACAAGAUGGAUAAUCUAUUAUCAUUAGAAACUCAUAGGGAUGAAAUUUAUCCAGAGCACUUGUUUCUAUUCAAGAAAGCCUCAUCAUGUCUCAAGGAGAGAAUCUUUCUCGAUAAUGUCAUUGGUGAGGAAUUAAUUAUUGACACAUUUUGUAGAAUAUUUGUAAAUGCACACAGUAUCACUCAUACCAGAUGGUGGUGGCAUCAAUCGGAUAACAUUAUUGAAGUGGAGAAACAAAAUGCUGAUACAGCAGAAAAGGAAAUGGAGGAAAUUUCCCAAUUUUUCAAACAUGAAUCGUUGAAAAGCAAAUGUCUCGAUUCUCCCUUUUUCAUUCCUGCAUGCUCAUCUGAUAGGGAGGAUCAUACUGAGAAUAGUUGUGCUGAUUUUAGAGAUAUUGGAACAGGACUAUUUCCAAUGGUUUCCAUGUUUGAUCAUUCAUGCUCUCCAAAUUGCUCCUUCCAGACCUUUGAUGAUAUGAAAUCGAGAAAUUCCUACUCUGGCAAUGUCAUUCUCGUUCAAACUGUGAAAAAGGUCAAGAAGGGAGAAGAAUUGUGCAUUAGUUAUAUUGACAUUAUGAAUCCAACAUGUAUACGGAGAAGAGAGUUGUGGUACUCGAAAUAUUUCGUCUGUCGUUGUUCCAGAUGCAUGAGUGAAACAGAGGAGAAUCGAAUGGUGAGAGCCUAUUCUUGUGGAGAGUCUGAAUGCACUGAGGGUUAUCUUGUACCCAUCUAUCAUUGCAAUGUGAGUGAGGAACCAAAGGCAGAUUUGAGACAUGUCAAUUUGAAUGACUCGGGCGUGCAACCAUUUGAUUCAGAGAAUGAUUUUAACCUUGAGGAUUUUGAUGAGGAAGAUUAUGAUAAGGCACUCUCCAUGUUUGAGGAUAUCUAUGAGAAUGAUGAAUCUAGAGAAUUCAAUCACGACCAGAGAGAAAUCGAUGAAGCUUACAUUCAAAGGAUUUCAUAUUGGAAAUGCACACACUGUGAAAGGAGUAUUGAAGGGGAGGCACCUGAAAGUGAGCUCAUGCAAAACAUGGAGAGACAUCUGAAUCAAGAGUUGAUUUCUGUUGGACAACAAGUUUCGGAAGACAAUUUAAAACUGAAUGAGUUGCCAAGAGAGGAGUACUGUUGUGUCCUGUUGGAAAUUGUCGACCAGUUGUGCCAAUCCAUUGUACAUGUUGAGAGUGGUUCCUAUCCUGGUUUUGAAUCACUCAAGGUACAUCCUAACCAUUACUUGUUGUUCCAAAUGAAGGGAAAGUUUGUCACGAUGCUCAUCAAGCUAUUCGAAAGAGGUUGGUGGAAGUACCGUAAGGAUGUUACUUCUGCAUCGCAGUUGUGGGAGAUGCCACUUCUACGAAUGCUUGUUGUUGUAAUGAUGCAAGACAUUACCUCAACCUUGGAUUAA